AUGAUACCCCCUGAAGACCACCAACGAGCCUCGGUGAUCGCUUCUUGCACUGAUCCGUUGCCUGGCAAUGUUGUUAGCCAAUAUGGAAAACGAGUUAUCAAAAUUUCCGACCACCAAGUCGUCAAAUGGGGCAUAGAGGUGACGAAAGAAGAAGCCGAAAACCAAAAGAGGCUGUAUGAACUUGUGGAUAGACGCAUAGUUCGUAUCCCGCGUGUAUAUGAUUUUUUUACUGAUGGACACUAUGGCUACAUUGUGAUGGAGUUUCUACAAGGGAAAGUCAUCGACCCAUUGGAGGACGAUGACGCUAUACAGAGAGUUGCGAGAGUGGUUAAUUACCUUGCUACGUUCAAACACAACGCCCCUGGCUCACUAUAUGGGGGCGCCUGUCGCGGGCUUUUAUUUCCUGACACCGAGGACUUGGCCUUUGACAGCCUCGACGAGAUGGAGAAAUGGUUCAACACCCGACUUUUCGCACACAACCCGAAACUGACCCUCCAAGGCUGCGAGCUAGCGCUGUGUCAUUUAGAUAUAGCGCCUCGUAAUGUUUUGUGGCAGGAAGAUGGGACUCUCUGCCUUCUUGAUUGGGCAACUGCCGGCUACUAUCCAAGAUUGUUUGAGUUUUCCGUUCAGUGGAUUCUGGACGGGAAAGAUGGGAACUUCAAUUCUCUUAUGCUGAAAUAUAUGAAUCCCCUGUCCGAGCAAGAGAUGGCUCAGAAAGAAGCCUUUAUGUGUGCUUGGAGAAAUAUCCAAAAGCACCCUUUUCGAAGCAAAACAUCACCACCGUUUCGAAGACCAUCGGCUCGUCGCUACCCCGUGCCCGCUCAUCCAAUGCCAGAUUACCCACCGGGCUGGCAUGAAGCGGCCCAGCUUGAAUCUCCUAUGCCCACAGAAGUUUCCCCGGGUACUCCUCCAACGACAGCCUUAGGACCUGGGGAACAAAAUAAUAUUUACAGUCGCAUUACACGCUAUCUACGCGCAAUAUUUCUCCCGCGCUCCAAGCCAUCUGAGGCUGUCUGUUGA